AUUUCGUUUGUUGCCUUUGCCGGCUACGCCUCUUUACGCACGGUUGGAACUACAAUUGCUAUGAGACGUUGCAGAGGGAAGGGCUACGUUGGCUCGCAGGUGCCAUUUGGCGGGAAAGGAUGUCAGGAGGAGCUACUGGGCAGCCGCAAAAAAUGCGUGAUUUUGUCUCCAGGGUUUUCCAGGGAAGCCCUGAUCUCAGCAUCCUCACUCAUGCCAUCAUUCGGAAGAAGUAUCUUGACCAUGUUGGGCUGGAAAAUCUAUCUAAACAGGAGAAGGAGCAGCUAAAACAACUGGUGGAGGAAGAACUGGUCCAGAUGAAGGUUGAUCAACCCCCAAGCAAUGUAGAUUUAAGGACUGAAGCCCAGAAUUCCUUCAAAUCUGGAGACCGCAAGAGACCCCUUCAUACCUCUCAUAGCUUAGAGGAAGAAAUUAAAAAUGAACAGGAGCAUAAAAGGCAAAAGAUUGAAAAGAAGUUAGAAAUCAGUUCUGAUAAAAAGGAUUCUGAGAUUGAUUCCAAGAAGAGGCUGUGGCACAGGAGUCCAAAACUUCUCAGGAACUUCUCGGAUUCUUCUGGCCAAGGAGACUCCGGAGCUGAAGAUCACAGUGCUCAGUCUGAAAGUGAUGAGGAAAUUACAAGGAGCAAAAGAAGGCCAUCCCUUCAGGAGGCAAGAGGGGAGAGAGGACGAGGCAGCAAAUCAGCCAAGGACCAGGGGAACAGGGGCUCGCAAAAAAGGGUGGUGAGUGACUCUGAGGAGGUCCCCGACACGGGACAGAGCGACUUUGAAGAAGAGGUCAAAAUAUCCAGGAAGGUCACAAAAGAGAACAGCUUGAAGCAAAGAGACUUCAAGAAAAAGGUGGACAAGGAGUCUAAAGCUACUGACCCCAAAGACAAAGCAAAAAAUAGGACGGUGAAUAAACAAAGAGAGGAAAAGAACCAAUCAGAGGGAGAAACUGAUCUAUCUGAGGUAGAAGAGAUCUCAGGAAAAAAAAGAGAAUGGAAUGAAAGAGAGAGUGAAGAGAAGAAAUCAUUUAGUACUAACAGAGCCCAGGGGAGGAUAGGGGUGGGAACCCAGAGGGGUUUGAAGGGGAAUGAGAGUGAGGAUGCCUCAGGAAGUGAUUCUGAUAAAAGUGAUUUACAGAAGAAGAUGGCAGACAGCCAAUGCAGAAGGAAGAGUAGAGUUCUAGAGGAUUCCGGGAGCAGUUCUGAGGAUUCUGCAGAACAAAGUCCAGUGAGGAAGGUAGGAACAAAGAGGGCCAGGGGAGAAAGAGGGAGCCAGCAUCACUCCAAACCCGAGAGGCAGCCUAACGAGAGAGAGGGGAGGAAGAAGAUGCAGAGGGAAGACUCGAGCGGGAAGAAACCGGAGGAAGAGAAGAAGAUGACGCAAAGGAUUCAGGAGUCUGAAAGUGAGUCAGAGGAGCAUAAGAGCUCAGAAGAGGAGAAGAAGCGGGUACAGGAUCCCACUAGCAGUGAAGGAGAAUCACAAAGCAAGACGAAUCAAGACCAGCCUAGGAAGGCAGCUCUAAUAAGUCACUCGUCAGAAAGUGAGUCAGAUGAAAGCAAGGAUGGGGGUCUGAGGGGGAUACUGAAAAAGGAGAGCAAGCACGUCUCUGGGUGUGACUCAAGUCAAGGGGAGGAGAAGUUGAAGAAGAGAGGAGCUCAACGCGAAACGAAUCAAGACCAGCUUAGGAAGGCAACUCUAAUAAGUCACUCGUCAGAAAGUGAGCCAGAUGAAAGCAAGGAUGGGGGUCCGAGGGGGAUACUGAAAAAGGAGAGCAAGCACGUCUCUGGGAGUGACUCAAGUCAAGGGGAGGAGAAGUUGAAGAAGAAAGGAGCGCCAAAGUCACAGAAAAAGAGCAUCAGUAAAAAAAUCUCCAUGCUUGGUUCUGAGGAUUCAAUAAGUGAGUUUGGGGGAAAGAAAAAAACCCAAAGCCAGCAGCAGAGAAGAACGAAAAAGCUCAAAAGAAGAAGUGGUGCCAAGGAGAAAGAGGAGGAAGAAUCCAGCAAGGAAGAGGGCUCCGGCUCAGAAGAGGAUGAGCCCACUUCUCACCAUCCUGGAAAGGAUAAGCAUUCUGGAAAGAACGAAGAACAUCCCUCCAUCCAGCGUCUAAAACGUUACAUCCGGGAAUGUGGUGCAUGGCGGAAUUACAAAAAGCUCCUGGCAGGUUGUCGCUCUCGCAAAGCUCAGAUAGAGGUUCUCAAAGAAGAGCUGGAAGGUCUCGGCAUAAAAGGAACUCCAUCUCUAGCCAAGUGCAAAGCAAUAAAGCAGAAGCGGGAAGAAGCAGCCGAAGUGGCUUCUCUUGAUAUCAAUAAUAUUAUUGCUACAGAAGGCCGUCCAAAGCGUCGUAACGUCUGGAGCCUUUACAAUAAGCCCCAAGACUCACCCAGUUCUCCGGAGGAGCCAACCGUUCGCCGUCACACCACAGACUGGUCCCAGCUUCGAGGAGUAAUCAGUUCAGACGGGGAAAGCAGUUGAUUCUGUGGUGGAAGAGAGGCUGGCAUACAUUGAUUACACUGAUCUUUUGGAAAAAGGGGUUUAACUCACCAAACAGCCAUGAGGGAACCUCUUUUAUGCUUAAUCUUUUUCCCCUUCUGCUCAGAAUGCAAAGAAAAAUUCCUGAUACAUUAUUAUUAUUGCACUUUCCCUGGGCAAAGGAAGAACAGAAGUAUUUCAGUUGAAAGCAAAUUUUCUGAGGAUGGACACAGAAAGAAAUUCGUUUUUUUCUUUAAUAUCCCCAAGUUUUGUCACUGUUAGCAUUCCCUCAUUUUUGAACUAUCUACAUUGUGAUCUCUUCCCUCAAACGUAGACAUUCCUCAGCAGGAAUAUAUAAAGCUAUGGUAUGAAUUGGGACUUGUUUUAUUUUCAUUCCAUGUAAAAAUAGAGUAUUAUUUCCCUAUAUAAAUUUAUGAGGCAUUCCUCCUGUUUUGGGGUGGGGAGUUUUCUGAAGAUUAAAUCUUGUUCUACGCUAGAUUUUGCGUGCUUAUUAUUUGAUCCAUGAGUCAGUAUCUCUACAUUUCAUUAUGAAAACAAAAAUAUUAUAUUUGUGAAAUAAAAUAUGUUUUAUACUUUAA